AUGACGACGAUGUCUAAUCUCCCUGCAGAGGUUUUGGAAGAGAUUCUCUCAAGGACUCCGGUUACAUCUCUGAGGACAAUGCGAUCUACUUGCAAAAAGUGGAACAAUCUCUCAAAAAAGAAGAUUAUUCCUGAAGCUGCAAGGAAGCAGCAAGGUUUAAUGUUGAUUAAAAAGAAAAUCUGUUCCUUGAGUUUCAGUCUCCAUGAAAUUCACAAGGAUGACUACGUCGUUCCGUGCAUUAAUCAGGUCGAUAUUCCUCGCAACAUAGAAGUAGAGAAAAUCUUUCACUGUGACGGCAUAUUGUUAUGCGUCAUAGAGGACAACUGUAGUCUUUUGGUAUGGAAUCCAUAUCUAGGGCAAACGAGGAGGAUCGAAGUAAGUUCCGAUGCCGACAUGAAUGAUAGGUAUGCUCUUGGUUACGACAACAACAACAGUAGCCACAAAAUCUUGAGGAUUAAGAAAGAUUUUAAGAACAGCGACGGUUUAGGAUACGAAAUCUACAGAUUCGCGUCGAAUUCAUGGAGUUUGCUUGAUGAGGAAGUGAUGAAACCAGAGUGGGAUGUAUGGUCUGUUCAACGAAGCUCCGUGUCUUUGAAGGGAAAUACGUAUUUCUUACUUCAAGGGAAUGAUUAUGAUGACCAAGAGGACGAAGAGGAGGAAGAUGACGAAGAGUACGAAGAUGACGACGACGUCCUGCCGAAAGAUAAUUUUUUGCUCUGUUUUGAUUAUACAACAGAGAGAUUUGGUCCGCGUCUGCUUCUACCGUUUAACCCUCAUGUUGAAGAGACUGUGGCUUUAUCUUGUAUAGGAGAAGAGCGGCUCGUAAUGCUAUAUCAAAGCUUCAAGACAUAUAAGGGAAUAGAGAUUUGGGUUACAGACAAGAUUGAUCCGAAAGCGGUGUCGUGGAGCAAGUUUCUGAAAGUGGAUAUCACACCACUCACUGGUUUUCCGGUUGACUUUUACGCUGAUAGUUUCGUCAUUGACGAGGAGAAGAAAGUUGCUGCGGUUUUCGAUAUACAUUGUAGCUACCAAAAAGCUCACAUCAUUGGAGAAGAUGGAUACCUGAAAUGUGUGAAUAUGGGAAGAGCUUCGGAUGUUGGAAAUGGUCAGCCACUUGUGUUCUCUUCUUAUGUUCCAAGUUUAGUGAAAGUUCCUGUCAAGCAACCAAAGGGUAAAAGAAAAGGUAGAUCUUCUGAAACCAAAAGCAACAAGAACAAAAAAGGAAGAAAGAUUAAGAUUAUUGGUUAAGUGCAUUUGCAGUGCUUUAUUUUGUUUCUUGCAUCGUCUCCUCUUUUUAUUCAUUGGCUUUCAUGUCCUUUUGAACAAGACUAUCUUCAUUCGGUUAUUCAUUUUCAUUCAAUAUAUAGCAGAAUAAUCAUAUUUAAAUACAGUUCGU